AUGGAUUACCAGAAUCGCGUCGGUUCCAAGUUCGGCGGUGGUGGCGUCGCCUCCCACAGCAUCACCAACGCCGAUCGCCGUGAGCGUCUUCGCAAGCUCGCCCUCGAACAGAUUGAUCUCGACAAGGACCCAUACAUCUUCAAGAACCACCUCGGCUCAUUCGAGUGCCGUUUGUGCCUAACAGUCCAUCAAAAUGACGGCUCCUAUCUCGCUCACACCCAAGGCAAGAAGCACCAAACGAACCUUGCGCGCCGCGCCGCCCGCGAGCAAAAAGAAGGCAAGGGAGAAGUCGAUCCUAACACGGGUCUCCCCGUUGGCGUUGUCGGCGCCGGUUUCGCGGCGCUUGGUUUGGGUGGUGUCGGCCCAAAGCGCAAUGUCGUAAAAAUCGGGCGGCCAGGCUACAAGAUCACCAAGGUGCGCGACCCGAUUACACGACAGGUCGGCCUGCUCUUCCAGUUACAGUACCCGGACAUCAGCCCCGGCGUGACACCCAAAUGGCAGGUGAUGAGCGCGUUUUCUCAGCGUGUCGAGGAGCCCGAUCGCAACUUCCAGUACCUACUUGUGGCGGCCGAGCCGUACGAGACUUGUGGCUUCAAAAUCCCUGCGCGCGAACUCGACAAGCGUGAAGAUAAGCAGUUUGAGUUUUGGGAUCCAGAUGCCAAAGAGUUCUGGAUCCAAAUCAUGUUCAUGACGGAACGUGAGGAGAGGUUUAACGCCGCUCCUGGUUUGACAGGUCGGCGGUAA